AUGUUUAUUACGUACGCAUGUUUAAUAAAAGGCCUCCAGUUGACGAUGGUGUCGUCCUCUUUCCCCCUCUGCAGUUUGCACCUCACCACCUUCUGCCUGCAGUACAGGCCCACGGUGGUUGCGUGUGUCUGCAUCCAUCUGGCCUGCAAGUGGUCCAACUGGGAGAUCCCUGUCUCCACGGACAGCAAGCACUGGUGGGAGUACGUGGACCGCACGGUGACGCUGCAGCUGCUGGACGAGCUCACUCACGAGUUCCUUCAGAUCCUGGAGAAGACGCCCAGCAAACUGAAGAGGAUACGAAACUGGCGGGCCAUCCAAGCAGCUAAGAAGCCGAAGACAGACGGCCCAUCGGUGGACGGUACCUUCCAGGGGUCCUUGGACGGCUUUUCCGGUGUCGCCAGUUCCUUCUUCGCCUCCACCUCAUCCGACUCGUCGGACAUGCCCUCCCUCAACGGCAUCGCAGCCUCCUACGGGUCCUACCAGCCGCUGAGCGACCACUUCUCCGAGCCGCCAGAGUUCACGCUGGUGAAACACGAACCCAAAGCCGCGGGCGGCAGCAAACACCAGCAGCUCGGCGUGAACGCAGCCGCUUUCCCGCGGCUGCAGAAAGUCUUGACUCUGGAGACGUACCGGGCGAAACACGCGGCGGCGGGGGACCCGGCCUCUCAGAAUGGCGUGAAGGACGAGCCGGACAUGUACGGGGCCCCUCCGGCCGCCUCAUCGCACCACCACAAGAAGCGCUCGCAGGCGCAGCAGGGGGGCGACGGCCGGAGGGACAAAGGCGGCUCGAAAAAGAGCCGGCUGCCGCCCUCUUUCGCUGAGAACGGCUCGGCCACGGGCGAGGAGCUCAAGAUGAGGAUAAAAGUGUCGUCGGAGCAGACCGGGGCGCCGCCCGGCAAAGACAAGCACAGGGAGCACCGCCACUCCAAACACGGCCACUCGCACUCGCUCAGCGGGAGCAGCCGGGGGUCGAUGGACGCCGCCUCUCUGUCCGCCAGGCCCUCCGACGGGGGCUCGUCUGGCUCAUCUCGCAAGAGGCCUCACUCCGACGCCGGAAACCACCACCACCACCACCACCAUCACCACAACAACCACCAUCACUCCCACCAUCACCACUCGUCCAAGAGCAGGAGCAAAGGGGGCCUCGGCUCGUCCCACUACUCGGCGGAGGGCGGCGCCAGGAUGGCGGAGCACCACGACGGGAGCAACGGCGUGCUGCCUGCCAACGGACAGCACACAGACUACAAAGACACUUUCGACAUGCUCGACUCUUUACUAAGUGCCCAAGGAAUGAACUUGUAACCUCAGAGUCCGCAGCGUGGGCUAGAAUUAAGGUAUUAUGUUGAAAGAAUUUUAAAAGAUUUUAUUUGUCUUAAGUUAUCGCGCGUCGCCCCGUGUGUCGUUGUCCACACACUGACUCAACGAUUCUCGUAUAGCUGUCAGUGUAAGAAAAAAAGUGUAAAAAGAUAUGCAUAUAGCUGUAUGCUACUAGCUUGCAACAAGGCGGCAGCUGAAAUAAUGAGAUUCUUUUAGCUGACAUGAUUUUAAUGUGCAUGUUUGAAGUCAAACAGAAGUGAAGGCGGAGCUAGUGACGUUUACAGACAGUCCUUUUUUCUUUUUUUCCUUUUUGGUAUGUUAAGACAUUUUGUUCCACUGAAAAUCUCAGGUCUUAAACUUUUUUGAUAAAAGAACGAAUCUUCCUCUGUUUGGGUUUUAUUACCUGUAUCCAUGGAGAUGCAUCACCUCAACAGAACUCCGACGUCGGUCUUAGGAAACACUGUCUGCUUACCUUUUAAAGAAGGUGUCACUUGUUAAAAAAAAAAACCUAACAAAUGUGAGGUAGACCUCAUUUGCUGUCUAUUUGCUUUGGGCUUCCGAAGUGCAGACUCUUUACAGAGCUACAAAGUACACGUUACAUCUGCUGUGAAAGUGCAUUUAUGAUACGGCUAAAAGCCUUGUGAUGAUACCUCGUCAAUCGCUAUACAGUAUGAUACAUGUUAUUAACUAUCAGAAAAUACAGAUCUCUAAAAUAAGAAUGUGUAUAUAGGACUGUAGGUGAGAUACCAACCUGUUGGUUUAUUGCAUCGGUCCAGACCUUCCUCCAUUCAGUGUAUCUUGAGGUCUAAAGCAGACUAUGUAUCGAUGAACAUGACACGAUUUGUGUAUUGGGAGCCCAAAUAAAGGUGAAAACGUAA